CCUCCGAGCUAGCUUCUCUGGCCAGUCGCGCGUGGGCUGAGACCCUGGGCGGGUGUUGCGAAGCCUUGUUUGUUUGAGCCGGGUACCCGCCGCGGUCCGGAGUUUCUUCCUCGCAGGUGACGGGGUUCAGACCCCCUGCCUAGGGUGAAUGGGCUGUCGCGUGCGCUGCUAAGGGCUGGCUGGGGAGCUCGGGGCCGGGGCCGCGACCAUGAACUCACCCGUGGACCCCGGCGCUAGGCAAGCUCUGAAGAAGAAGCCGCCGGAGCGGACCCCGGAGGAUUUAAACACUAUUUAUUCUUAUCUUCAUGGAAUGGAAAUAUUAUCAAACCUCAGAGAACAUCAGCUUAGAUUAAUGUCUGCAAGAGCACGCUAUGAGAGAUACAGUGGCAAUCAAAUUCUUUUUUGUUCAGAAACUAUUGCCAGAUGUUGGUACAUCCUGCUUUCUGGAUCUGUGCUUAUGAAAGACUCCAUGGUCUUGCCUCCUUGCAGUUUUGGUAAGCAGUUUGGAGGAAAAAGAGGAUGUGAUUGUCUUGUAUUAGAGCCUUCAGAAAUGAUUGUGGUAGAGAAUUCCAAAGAUAAUGAAGAUAAUAUACUCCAAAGAGAAAUUCCGGCCAGGCAGUCUCGACGAAGGUUUCGGAAAAUUAACUAUAAAGGAGAGCGCCAAACCAUUACUGAUGAUGUGGACAUUAACAGUUAUCUUUCUCUUCCAGCUGAUCUUACGAAGAUGCAUAUCACAGACAACCCUCAUCCACAGGUGACUCAUGUGUCUUCCAGUCAUUCUGGUUGUAGCAUCGCUAGUGACUCUGGGAGCAGCAGUUUAUCUGAUAUCUAUCAGGCUACGGAAAGUGAAGUAGGAGAUGUAGAUUUAACACGUCUUCCAGAAGGACCUGUUGAUUCUGAAGAUGAAGAGGAGGAAGAUGAAGAGAUUGAUCGAACAGAUCCACUGCAGGGGCGAGAUCUUGUUCGAGAAUGUCUUGAAAAAGAACCUGCAGACAAAACUGAUGAUGACAUUGAACAAUUACUGGAGUUUAUGCACCAGCUCCCCGCUUUUGCAAACAUGACCAUGAGUGUAAGGAGAGAACUCUGCUCAGUGAUGAUUUUUGAAGUGGUAGAGCAGGCUGGAGCUAUUAUUCUUGAAGAUGGACAAGAGCUUGACUCAUGGUAUGUUAUUUUAAAUGGCACUGUAGAAAUCAGCCAUUCAGAUGGAAAAGUUGAAAAUCUCUUUAUGGGAAAUAGUUUUGGAAUUACUCCCACUCUGGAUAAGCAGUGCAUGCAUGGAGUUGUUAGGACUAAAGUAGAUGAUUGCCAGUUUGUCUGCAUAGCCCAGCAGGAUUACUGGAGAAUUUUAAAUCAUGUGGAAAAAAAUACCCACAAAGUUGAAGAAGAGGGAGAAAUUGUUAUGGUGCAUGAGCACCGUGAACUAGAUCGGAGUGGAACUAGGAAAGGACACAUUGUAAUCAAGGCAACACCUGAGCGUCUCAUCAUGCAUUUAAUAGAAGAGCAUUCCAUUGUGGACCCAACUUAUAUAGAAGAUUUUCUAUUAACUUAUAGGACGUUUCUUGAAAGUCCUUUGGAUGUUGGGAUCAAACUAUUGGAAUGGUUUAGAAUUGACAGCUUAAGAGAUAAGGUAACACGGAUUGUUUUAUUAUGGGUGAAUAAUCAUUUUAAUGAUUUUGAAGGUGAUCCUGCUAUGACUCGAUUUCUGGAGGAAUUUGAAAAAAAUCUGGAAGAUACAAAAAUGAAUGGUCAUCUGCGGUUAUUGAAUAUUGCAUGUGCUGCAAAGGCUAAGUGGAGACAAGUUGUGCUGCAAAAGGCCUCCCGGGAGUCCCCUCUGCAUUUCAGCCUUAAUGGAGGAAGUGAGAAGGGAUUUGGUAUUUUUGUCGAAGGAGUAGAACCAAGUAGCAAAGCUGCUGAUGCAGGACUGAAACGUGGUGAUCAGAUAAUGGAAGUAAAUGGACAAAACUUUGAGAAUAUUACAUUUGUGAAGGCCCUUGAAAUUUUGAGGAAUAAUACUCAUCUUGCACUUACUGUAAAGACCAACAUUUUUGUGUUCAAAGAGUUACUUAGUAGGACUGAACAAGAGAAAUCUGGUGUUCCUCACAUUCCCAAAAUUGCUGAAAAAAAAAGUAAUCGCCAUUCAAUCCAGGAUGUACCAGGAGAUAUUGAGCAGGCACCACAGGAGAAAGGAAAUAAGAAAGUAAAAGCAAAUACUGUUUCAGGUGGAAGAAACAAAAUCAGGAAAAUUUUGGAUAAAACACGAUUUAGUAUCUUGCCUCCCAAACUAUUUAGUGACGGAGGCCUGAGCCAAUCACAAGACGACAGCAUUGUGGGAACGAGACACUGUAGACACAGUCUGGCUAUAAUGCCCAUUCCUGGAACACUGUCAUCCAGCAGCCCGGAUCUCCUUCAGCCUACUACCAGCAUGUUGGAUUUUUCCAAUCCUUCAGAUAUUCCUGAUCAAGUUAUAAGAGUUUUCAAAGCAGAUCAACAAAGUUGCUACAUUAUCAUCAGUAAAGACUCUACAGCUAAAGAAGUUGUUUGUCAUGCUGUUCAUGAAUUUGGUUUGACUGGUGCAUCCGACACAUAUUCUCUUUGUGAAGUUUCUGUUACUCCUGAGGGUGUCAUAAAACAGAGAAGACUUCCGGACCAAUUUUCCAAAUUAGCUGAUAGAAUUCAGCUCAAUGGAAGGUAUUAUUUAAAAAAUAACAUGGAAACAGAGACCUUAUGUUCAGAUGAAGAUGCUCAAGAACUAGUUAAGGAAAGCCAACUAUCCAUGCUGCAGCUCAGUACCAUUGAGCUGGCCACUCAGCUGUCAAUGAGGGACUUCGAUUUGUUUCGUAAUAUUGAGCCUACUGAAUACAUUGAUGACCUUUUUAAGUUAGAUUCCAAAACAGGAAAUACUCACUUGAAAGAGUUUGAGGACAUUGUAAACCAAGAGACAUUCUGGGUUGCCUCAGAAGUUUUAACCGAAUCGAAUCAGCUUAAACGAAUGAAGAUUAUUAAACAUUUUAUUAAAAUCGCACUUCAUUGUCGAGAAUGUAAGAACUUCAAUUCCAUGUUUGCAAUAAUAAGUGGCUUGAACCUGGCAUCUGUAGCACGACUCAAAGGUACUUGGGAAAAGUUACCAAGCAAGUAUGAGAAACACCUGCAAGAUCUGCAAGACCUUUUUGAUCCAUCUAGAAACAUGGCCAAGUAUAGAAAUAUUCUUAGUAGUCAAAGCAUGCAGCCUCCAAUUAUUCCACUCUUCCCCGUUGUCAAGAAAGAUAUGACAUUUCUACAUGAAGGAAAUGACUCCAAAGUAGAUGGGUUAGUAAAUUUUGAGAAGCUAAGAAUGAUUGCCAAGGAAAUCCGUCAAGUUGUUAGGAUGACUUCUGUUAACAUGGACCCAGCUAUGAUGUUCCGACAGAGGUCAUUGAGUCAAGGCAGCACAAACUCAAACAUGCUAGAUGUUCAGGGGGGUGCUCACAAAAAAAGAGCACGCCGUAGCUCUCUGCUUAAUGCUAAGAAGCUAUACGAGGACGCCCAGAUGGCAAGGAAGGUGAAGCAGUAUCUUUCCAGUCUGGAUGUGGAGACAGAUGAGGAGAAGUUCCAAAUGAUGUCAUUGCAGUUGGAGCCUGCAUAUGGUACCUUGACCAAGAAUUUAACUGAAAAAAGAUUAGCCAAAUCAUCAGAAAUGUCUCCAGUGCCUAUGAGGUCAGCUGGCCAAACAGCUAAAGCCCAUUUGCAUCAGCCCCACAGAGUAAGCCAGGUUCUUCAAGUACCAGCUGUUAAUUUGCACCCCACCAGGAAGAAGGGGCAAUCAAGAGAACCUGUCACAAUGAGUACAAGUUCACCUCAGAAAGUUUUAGGAACAACUGAAGAAAUGAGUGGUAAGAAACAUUCAGAAGACACUGUUUCCAUGACAUCGUCCUUACAUUCCAGUCCUCCUGGAUCUCCUCAAGGUUCCCCACGCAAAGGUUACACACUUACACCAUCAGCUAAAUUGGACAACUUGUCUGACUCCAGCCAUAGUGAGAUUUCUUCACGGUCCAGCAUUGUGAGCAAUUGUUCUGUUGACUCCAUGUCUGCAGCUCUGCAGGACGAACGGUGUUCCUCCCAGGUUGCAGCGGCCCCUGAAUCCACUGGGCUGUUGGAAAGGACAGAGCACUCCUCAGGGACAGGAGACCAUCAUCAGCUUGGCCCCGGGUGGACACUCUCAAAGCCAUCUCCAAUCAAGAGUUUAGCUGUCUCAUCUUCUAUGAGCAAUGAAGAGAUUUCUCAUGAGCACAUCGUUAUAGAAGCAGGCGAUAGUGGUCGUGGAAGUUGGACUUCCUGCUCAAGCAGUUCCCAUGACAACUUCCAAAGCCUUCCAAACCCAAAAGGCUGGGAUUUUUUGAACUCCUAUCGACAUACCCAUUUGGAUGGCCCCAUUGCUGAAGUUGAACCCACUGACUAUGAGUCCUAUUCCUGUCCUAAAGGCUGCUCCAGAACUUGUGGUCAGUGUAAAGGAAGCCUAGAGACUAAUCAGAUGAGACAGAGUUGGGCCUCCUCCAGUUCUCUUUCUGACACGUACGAACCAAACUAUGGGACAGUUAAGCGGAGAGUGUUGGAGAGCACCGCAGCUGAGUCAUCUGAAGGCUUGGACCCCAAGGAUGGCGCUGACCCCGUUUAUAAAACUAUUACUUCAAGUACAGAAAAGGGCUUGAUUGUGUACUGUGUCACCUCACCCAAGAAGGAAGAUAGAUAUAGGGAGCCGCCUCCUACCCCUCCAGGAUACAUGGGGAUUUCUUUAGCAGACCUAAAGGAAGGACCCCACCUACACCUAAAGCCUCCAGAUUACAGUGUGGCAGUGCAGAGGUCAAAGAUGAUGCAUAACAGCCUGUCUAGACUGCCAUCAGCAUCUCUCAGUAGCAACCUCAUGACCUGUGUUCCAUCGAAGAUUGUAACUCAGCCUCAGAGGCAUAGUUUGCAGCCAUCCCAUCCUAAACUAGCAGAUGUGGCUGAUGCAGAUAGCGAAACAGACGAAAAUGAACAGGUGUCAGCAGUCUAGCCUUUGGAUGGCCCAUUUGACGUCUGAAAAGUCCUGGAGGAAGGAGUGGGCAGAGCCAGCUCAUGGUUCCACAGGCCAGCAAACAGCACCCGGCUGCUGCUGCUCCCAGAGGUUCCAUUCCGUCCUCUGAAUCCUGCCUCCUUCAUUAACCCCUGCAGAUGCGCAGUCUCCUCGGCUAUGGAUGUCGUGCCUGGAUACGUCUUCACUUUGCACACCAGACCUGCCUUGGGACCAAGUUACUAUAACAAAUCCAGACUCAGAGUCCUCCUCCUCUAUAAUAUUAUAUCACUAUAGGUUUUCCUUUAACAAGUUAUUUUUAAAAUAGUAGUGGUAGUAUUUUCAAGCCAUCGCUUGGGCUAAUGGACAAAUUCAAAAUGUCUGCCAAUAUUGAGAAUAUUCUGGUGUAUUUGAAAAGUAACUUAUUAUUUGAAGUUUUGUGGUUUUUGUAUUUGGAAGCUCUCAUUCGCGGAUGUUUGUUUGAGACCAUAAAACUGUCUCUGGUCUGACCAAACAGAAGUCGCCUUUGUAGGGUGAUAUGCUUGAUCUGUAUAGAACUUCAAGGAUCUAGCACCAAUGCGUGUCAGGUCUCAGUCUGAGUGGAAUUGGAUGCCCGUUGCACUUGAGGUGUAGGAAGAAAAAUACUCAUGUGCUGGUCUCGAUUUGGAAGGCCAAAUGAACUGCCACGGGGUUUCUUACCAGUCCUUUGGGGAAGGGAGGAGCAAUCCUAAUUUCCAAAGAAUGAACUGUUUAUGUUAAAUAAUGUAUACUAAGGCUUUUUGAACUUAAAUUCAUGCUGCAUCUAACUAAAAGUAUAAAUCCAAUAAAUAGAGAAUGGGUUCUAGAGCAUUCUACUCCAUAGAAACCCAAAACUAAAAGUUUCUCAACUCAAAUAUGGAGUUCUUCUUUAAAGGAUGUGUCAUCCUUGCUGGUGGGACUCUGAGGAUGAAUUUAGCUCUGGGCAGUGCUCUGCUGCACCCUCCCCAUCUUGGGGCCUCCACAGCUUGGGGCCCGCUGAUCUCCCAGCUGCUGCAGGAAAGCUCAUUAGCUCAUGAAGGUAUAUAAUUGGUUGAAAUUUCUGUGGGGGAAACAGGCGAUAGAAUUGUGGAAAUGAAUUAUCUCUGGGUUCCCAGUCUAGCCUAAGACAGAAAGGAAAUAUAUAUUUUUAAUAGCCUGUUGGGCAUGGCACUCUUAGGUAUUUAUUUUAAGUUUUAGUGAUUGUUUAGUGGACAAGCUAGACUUUCCACAUUUUUACAAAUAAAAUAUAAUGUGUUCUCUAUCUUACAUUUACAUUUUUAAAUUUGUUUUUUUAGUGUAAAGGCAAGUGAGAGCUUAAUAAACUUCUGUGGCUACCAAAAAAAAAAAAAAAAAAAAAAGCCAAAGCUAUUGACAUGCACUACCCAGAUCAGCUUGGAGCCAAAUGUGUUUACCUCUGCGUGCUGGUCCACACGUAAAUGUAUAGGGUUCAGUGUUCAUGACUUCCUGUUAAGUGUGUGCUCGUUUUCCCCAGCCGUGUCGUCCCUGUCUCUGUCCCGAUGUUCUGCCUGUCCCCUUCGGUUUAAAAUCAUAAGUCAGUUCCAAGUGGUAAAUGGCAGUGGUUCAUCUUUUCCAUCUAAGCGAUGUUUCUUCAUUUUAGGAAAAACAGCAUAUCUGAAAAAUUCCCCUGGGCAAAAUAAUGUUAAUCUGAAACAUAAGCCUUAGAGAUAAAUCCCAGGUAUGUUAGAAUGAGGCUAAUUGGCUCCAUAGCUUUCUGGGUCCAGUGAAAUGGAAAGUAGCCCAGACCAAAAUCCUGGUUUGAAAGUCACACUGUUGUGAUUUGACCUGUAACAGACGUUCUCUGAUCACAUAUAUUUCCUUCACUGAUUUGCUUCAUUGUUUUCAUGUCCAAAGUGAAAUAUAUUUUUGCUAUAACCAUCUUUUCAUCAAGGUUGGGUAUUCUCACAUUUUACAUUCAUUACCCUGGAAAAAUGUGCUCUUUGCACAAUGUCUGUUUAUUUAGCGGGUCUUUCAAUCCAGUGGGAGCUUUACACACCUUUGUCCUUAGUGGUGUCAGUAACAUCUUGCACAGAGUUGGAGGCUUGUGGUUUUGUUCUUGCACCUUGUAGCUACCUUUGUUUCAUCGAAGCUUAAACUGUAUUUGGAUCAGCUGAUCACAUUGAUCAGGAACUAAAGCCAAAUGCUUUGUAGUGUGAUAUUAAUGUAUCCCUUAAAAUCAUGGAGUUUUGAUUUUUAUAUUUUAUUUAGGGUACAUUCCUGCCUUCUCGUCACAUGACAAGAACAAGAGAAGCCUUAACCUGUAUUUGAUCCAAUUCUAAAUCCCCAUUUGCUUUUGUUUUUAUUAUAUAAAUUUAUAACUUUAAUAAGACUCAUGCCUUCAUCCCACCACAAUUCUGAAUUUACCAGGACUACUAACUAAAGCAGUAAAUCCGUGGUGCAAACUUUUGCCAAAUUAGUUUUAGCAUAGGCUCUUCAUGAUGAAAGAUUUGCAGAAUUAGUAAAUCCAGUACAUACUUCCAUAAAAGUUUAUUGUAAUUAAUAGAUUUUUGCUCCCUCCAAAUGAUUACUUUCGGUAUGAUUUUGGGGAGGAAAAGCCUUAAGCGGUUUUUCAUGAGGGUGAUAAGUCAUAAUGUCACAUCUGCAUAGCCUCCUGGAGGACCUCCCGGCUGGACUGUGGCAGUGAUCCAGGGGGUUAAGCCCAAACGAACCUAAUUUUUAUAAAGUGUUUCCUUCCCUGCAGAAGAACAGGAGAGUGUCCUUGUGUAUUUAAAACAAGGAUUGUUACUCUGACAUGUUUUAAAUUUCUAAAAAUUAGAUACUCAAGUAGAUGUGUCGUUUUAGAAUUACCUUAAAAGCUAGAACAAAUGGAGAAAUAAAUCUUCAGAAAAGUGUCAUAGGACAUUUUCAAAUUUAAACUUGGACCCCAGUUCAUAUUUAGCUUUUGUUGUACUUUUUAAAGGCUUUUUUAUUUUUUAUACACAGAAUGCAGUUGUACUUGAUCUUUCAAAGUGAAACAUGAACUUCAGCAAGAGACAAAAACAAAACUGCACAGUCAUAAAAGUUUAAUAGCAAUUAUACUGCACAAUUCAGUGAUUGUCAAGUUUCCUGUAACAAGCAAUGUUUGUCUCCUAUUUUGAUACCUCUUAAACUUAUGUCUUUUAGAAAGACGGUGCCUCUGUAUGCUUUUUGUAUUUUUACUGAGUGUAAAUAUUUGUUAUAUUUUUGGUUAAGAGAAUGUAAAAGUACCAUUUAUUAUUAUCAUAUCUACUAAUACAUUGGUGAAAUCAAUAAAGAAUCUACAUUA